AUGGCUAUUGCUAGCGCUGAAGGAUACGCACCAAAAAUGGAGGACUGGGGUAGUGUGAAUAGAGCGACAUUUCCCUCUGCUCAUGGAGUCAAUGGAAUAGACAAAUCAUCUAUUGAUGCAGACAUAAAAUACCCUCAGCCUUCGUCGACUUUGUCUAGCUAUGUCCCAGCAUGCGCGUACUCUCCCUCCAACCAGUAUGGCGUGUACAGUGGUCCAGCAGGCAGUUAUGUGAGCCCAGGGCAUCACUGGCAGGCCCAGGGCACCAGCCACUCCCACCCUGGCGGUGGCGUAGCGAUGCACCCGAGUGACAUCCAUUCUUCUAUGGCGUUCAAACAUGCUGUGCGAGAUGGAGACAGAAAACCACAGAGUCACCUAAGCAAGCAGCAACACGAAGCCUUGAGCAAUGUACACGGACUCAACCUUUCUACCUCAUCCUCGUAA